AUGAACAGGUCACUCCACAAUAUUCAUGUCUUUCGAAAUGGCGUUGUUGUUCUGAGGAAUCAUCAUCAUCUCAGCUCAUGUUCUCGGCGGUCGUAUACUACUUCUGCUUCGAGCAUCAAUCCAGACGAAGUCAAGUUCUUCUCCCGUCUUUCGUCACAAUGGUGGGACGAACGAGGAGAGUUUGCCAUGUUGCAUCGAAUGAACCCAGCACGUAUGAGCUUCAUUCGGGACAAGCUAAGUCAAUGCUUUGACGAGGAGGCUACGGCGGCCGGUUUGGAUGCAUCGCCUCGAACGGUGGGUAAGCAACUCUUACUUGAAGGUAUGGAGGUAUUGGAUAUAGGCAGUGGAGGUGGUUUGUUAUCCGAGAGUUUGGCGCGCUUGGGUGCUAAAACUACCGGGAUCGAUGCAAACCUGAGGUAUAUUCAUGGGACUGCUGAAUCCAUCGUUGCCGAGGCGCUGGAGUAUGAUGCAGUGUUUUCCAUGGAGGUACUAGAGCACGUGGAGAAUCCCUACGACUUCCUCGUCAACUGUGUCAAGCUGGUGAAGCCAGGAGGACACCUCUUCCUAUCAACCAUCUCUCGAACACCCCUAUCAUACUUUCUAACCAUAUUUAUGGCCGAACAAGCCUUAGGUCUCGUCCAUUCUGGGACACACAACUAUUCCAAGUUUGUGAAAUCAUCCGAGUUGGUCGAAUUCUUCUCGCGUCCUGAGAUAGCGAAGGAGGCAGAAGUGCGACAGAUUCAUUACAACCCGUUGGUAGGGACGUGGACGAUUGAACCGCUUGCAUCUCUUCCCACUAUACGUGGUGCAUUUGAGUGCAACUAUCUAUUUUGGGCUCGAAAACCGGCAUGA